GCCGCAGAAGAUCAAUAGGUGGAGCCAUGGAAGUUGAAGCUAGGUCACCGCUGUCCAUUUCUUUAAGAAGAGUGAAACGCGAAACUGCCGCUGAGUCUUCCUGUGACCUAUAACCUAUAUCUUCUCAUACGAUAACGCUUGCCAACGUGGGAAAAGGACACCAUCAAGUCUGAACAAAAACCGCCGCAGAAACGGUCAAUAUGCCUGGCGCUAGGAGCAAAGGCUGUCGGACAUGCAAGCAACGACGCAUAAAAUGUGAUGAGCGCACGCCGAUAUGCUUCCAAUGCGAGAAAAGCAAACGUCAUUGUACAGGCCCAGACUCCCCGUUUCGAUAUCAGUACGGCUCGGUGGAACAGCGCGCACAGCUUCUUCAAGCCUUGGAUGCGAUUACCGUUGACGACAAUGGUGGCAGCACCUCUGCCAGUAGCUUAAAAUGGAACAGGAUCGCCCAGCUUGAGGAAACGAUAGAUCCUGUGGCAACUGUCGUCCCACUGACCCAAUCCGAGCGCCUUGCUACCACCCUGAUCUCGGCGCUCGAAAUACCCUCUGCGUUCGGUGCACGCCUGCAGCAAAUGGGCUUCCACUUCGGAAAACUCCCACCUCGUCUGGGCCGAAGCCGGGCACUUGACGCCGCAGUCAACUGUUUCCUGUACUCUUUUACCGCUGUCAGCAUGGGCCGGCCGCGCAACCAGUCCCUUGAGUUGGCCCGCUACUGUACGGCGAUCUCUUGCCUUCGACAAGAGCUGGCCCAGUACGACGGCGAUGGCUUGCUCUCCACGCCGUCCGAGACACUCUGUGCAUCGCUACUUCUCGCUCAGUAUGAGAUCCUGAAACCUGGCCCGGCCUACUCUUUCGUCACGCUUUCAGGUGGCGUCUCUGCGAUCCUCAGAGGCUGUGGCCCGAGCCGCGCGCAGUCGUCCGAGUUCGAAGCCGCAAUCUUCAUGUCGCAGUAUCCGACAAUCAUCACGCAGUGCAUGCUGCGCGGCGAGGAUUGCUUUCUCAGUGGACGGGAAUGGGCCAACGCGAUGCGCAGGACUGGCGGAGCAGACUCCGAAAGCCCCGUCACCGCAGAGCUAUGGACGAUCCUCGCAAACCUGCCAGGAGUUCUGGUGCGUGCUAGAGAACUGAGCCCGCCAUCUCCGUCUGCGGCGUCAUCACCUCUCUAUGCGGAGCUGCUCUCGCAGAUAUACAAAAUCCGCGCAUCGAUUGUCGUCCAGUCUGAGACUGUCACGCGCAACCUCUCCACACCGGGCGUCCAUGCCACCUACCCACGAGCCUACCGCGGCCCAAUCCCGGCCCCCGGUUUCCACCCGGAGAGCAAGCUCGAGUCGCUGCAGCCGUCACGAUACAUCAAGCAAGCCACCUUCUACCACGGCUGCGUCAUCCUGAUCAACACCGUUCUCCAAAACUUUCUCUCGGGCCCCAACGCUGCCCUCUCCCUGCAAACGUCGCAAUCCUCGACCUACAUCCUGGAGACGCUCGACUUUGCCCAGACGACCAAGCCCUUUGGCGCGUUCUACAUGACUUUCGCGGGACCGCUGUGCUAUGGGGUGCUCGCCGACCCGGUCCGGAAGGAGAUGCUGCUUGCCGGGAUGAAAUCCAUCUUUGACGACAUUGGGAUUUUUUGGACCCACCUGUCGAUGCAAGAGGUCUUUUAUGCCUUGACCAAGGGCGGCUGGCGGACAAACGUCUGUUUGACGGCAACAAAACCUCGGUGAAGUUGAAGUUGAAGUUGAAGUGAAGGUGACCUGGAACGAAAGAGACCAGCCAUCAAAUGAUUGAGAAGAGCCUUGAGGGGUUGUUGUGGCAGAAGGCUGUCAGACCACUCCUCAACGAGCUGGAAUAUCUCGGUCCGGUGAACAGAGUAAACAGGCUGCCUCGGACCGUUUGGGUAUUGGUGGAUGUCAAGUGGCUCCGCACUACAACAAUCUGCGGCUGAUACCAUCACGGAAAGUAUCUAAUCUACUCUAAUCGUAUGCUCCAGUGCUCAAAGCUUUGUUCCACAGACUCGGAGCUGUUGAAGCAUCGCUGACGUAACAAGAGUUACACAGACUCGCGGGCGGUAUGGAGGUACUUGGAUACCAAUGUAACUGGGAAGGACUUUGCAAAACGCUUAAAUCGUCUUGAUCCAGAUCCACGGAGUCUAGCAAGUGUUUGGUCAUCUUUUCUAUCGACUCUGCAGACUCUUUGCCGAUGUCUGGUCGAGUCAUGGAGGUUCAGGGCGGCAAUGUUACACCGUGCGGACAGACAUCCUCCCGAACUGUUUCUGAUCUCGAGAAUGAC